AUGGCAGGCAAGAAGAAGGAGGCGAGUUUACAGGUGCCUUUAAGUAACCAGGAGCAGUGGGAAGAAAUGCUUGCCACCAAAGGUCUAACAGUUGUGGAUGUGUAUCAGCAGUGGUGUGGCCCAUGUCGAGCAGUGAUAAGCCUUCUGAGGAAAAUAAAAAAUGAAUUGGGGGAUGAUCUUUUGCAUUUUGCUAUAGCAGAAGCAGACAGUAUUGAUGCCCUGGAGAGGUAUCGAGGGAAAUGUGAACCUACCUUUUUAUUUUAUGCAGGCGGGGAGCUAGUGGCAGUGCUGCGAGGGGCCAAUGCUCCUCUGCUUCAGAAGAUAAUAGUGGAAGAACUGGCCAAGGAGAAGGCAGUCCUUGAGGAAGGUGGAGAACGGAAAGUGAUAAAAGAUGAAGGCCUCGAUGAAGAUAAGGAGGAGCCUAAAACACAGUCAGAAGACGAAGAAAACAUCAUUGUGCCUGCUAGUAAAUCCUGCACGGUUUCCAUCCUCAAACCAGAUGCUGUGGCUCAUGGCAAGGCAAAUGAGAUCAUUAUGAAGAUCCAAGAUGCCGGCUUUGAGAUUCUAGUCCACGAGGAGCGCACGCUAACCGAGAUAGAGGCUCGAGAUUUCUAUCAACACAAAGCACAGGAGCCGUGGUUUGAGGACUUAGUACAGUUCAUGUCCAGUGGUCCCUCGCACAUGCUGGUUCUGUCUCAGGCCGACAGCUCAGCUGACACUGUCAGUGCGUGGCUUGACUUCAUUGGCCCUGCAGAUAUAGAGGAGGCCAGGAGAGACAAGCCAGAAAGCUUACGGGCACAAUACGGCACACAUACUCUGUACAACGCGGUGCAUGGCAGUGGGGACAGCGACCAGGCCAGCAGGGAGCUCGCCUUUCUCUUCCCCAACUUCAGGACGGCCACAGCCACCGAGCAGGAUGGGGAGGAAGAGCCUGUGGAGAGGACACUGGCGAUUAUCCGGCCUGACGUAGCCCGGGAGAGCAGGGAUGAAAUCCUGAGUAGAAUUCAUGAGGCAGGCUUCACUGUGGCUCUUCAAAGAGAGGUGACGCUGACAGAGGAGCAGGUCAGACAGUUUUAUGCCCAAAAAGUGGAUGAAAGCUUCUUUCCGGCACUGCUCCAAACUAUGACCAGUGGGCCUGUGCUAGCUUUAGUGCUGGCUAAAGUUGAGGCUGUGCAGCAUUGGAAAAACAUGCUUGGUCCUUCUGAUGUAACUGAAGCAAAAGAUGAAAACCCAGAAUGUCUGAGAGCCCGGUUCUGUGCAGAGGGCGACCCCAUCAACCAGCUCCACGGCAGCGCCAGCACAGAUGAGGCACAGCACGAGAUCAACUUCUUCUUUCCUAGACAACACACCCUGGCUGUGGUCAAACCUGAUGCUAUGGAGGAGCAUAAAGAUGAGAUUUUGGAGGAAAUACGCAGUCAAGGAUUUGCAAUAAAAAAUAAAGAGGAGACAUUUUUGUCAAAGGAAGUGGCUGAGGAGUUUUACAAAGAGCACAAAGAGAUGUCAUUCUUCAGUCAGCUGGUCCAAUUCAUUUGUAGUGGACCCUGUCUGCUACUUGUCCUCUUUAAAGAGAAUGCAGUGGAGGAGUGGAGGGUGCUGAUGGGCCCCACAGAGCCGGACAGAGCCAAGGAGAUGUCCCCAGAAUCAUUAAGGGCCCGGUUUGGCUCUGACAUCUUACACAAUGCGGUCCAUGGCUCCUCCAGUGUAGAGCAGGCAGUCAGAGAGAUACAGCUCGUGUUUGGUGAUCUUAACACAGAGCAAGAGACCAGCAGUGAGGGAGAAACUGACAGAUAUGUUUUUGUCAAGGAGCAAAGCAACACCACAGAUGAGAACACUGGGCUGUCAAGUUCUUCAGGACAUUUGUCUGAUCAUCAGUAUGAUGGUCUCCCUCCUGAUCUGCAUCUCUACAGCACAGAGACCGAAACACAAGAAAGUGAUGACCCAGAGCAAUGAAAACCAUGGCAAGA